AUGCGUAACGAACUUUUGAUCCUUUUGAUAAUGAACGUAGCCACGGCUAGUUCAGAGCCUCGACCGCAUGCUCUCUCAACUGCUGUCAUCAACCGAUACAAAGAAUUCAAAAGAUCAACUGCCAGCGCCCAUCAUCAUACGCUUAUUAAUGUCAGUAAUUCUCCAUCAAAUGCUGAAAACGUCACGUCCAGAAUCAAAAUAUCUUCUCUAGAUGCCUACUCCUUCGUUCCAGCUGACUCACUACAGUCUUUAUCCGACUCUGGAAAUAUCUUGUCCCGAUCAAAGAGAUCACCCAAUGACGCCGCCUUCACCACUCUCCAAUCACACGUCUCCGCUCUCGCUCGUGUUGUAACUGGAAUCUCACUGUACAACGGACUCGUCGACAACUCUAUCUCUUCUGAUCAAGCUAUCACUGAACUCAUGAAUCUUGGAUCGAUUAGUUUAAAAGAAUUGGAGACGUUUGACAAGAAGAAAGUCGAUGAUUUUGUAAAGAAGUUGAAGGAAGCUAGCUCAAAAAUGGCAACGGAAUCAGCUGGGAUUGAAAGAAAUCUUGUUGAUUUUCACGCAAUGAAAAAUAUGUGGAAUGAUGCUGGUGAUUUGACAAAGAUUCCGAACAGAGCCAAAUUCGAAACUUUGAACUCUUUGACAAGUCUGGAUUUGGGUGUUUUGGAGGACUUCAAGGAGGGAAAUGAUGCGUCAAGUUCGUUGGAGUCACUCAAAAAAGCAUCCAAGACUGCUGUAGAAGAAAUGAACAAAGCAAAUGUUUUGAACAUUUUGAAAGAGAUGUCGCCGUUUCAUAAGUUUACUCAGAUGAUAGAAUAUUAUGACAAUGCAAAAGUUUAUGUCCUCUCUACCACAGCUGAUUCAAUCAUUGCUACUCUGAAACAAGACUUGCAAGAGCUGCAAAGUAUAGUUGGCGCUGCCGGAUCUGUAAUCUCUGCAUUGAGUGGAAUCGUGUCUUCUCGUUCGGGUAGCAACGAUAUCAAUCGGCAACACACAAUUGGUUUCGUCAAUGGAUAUCUCGAUCUUAAGAACAUUAUGAAAGAUUCUGUAGAUGCCUGGCUUCAGAAUUCUCUGAAACAGUUCAAUGGAACGGAAGGAUUAUCGGUUUUUAAUGGACUUGCAGAAAAGAUGAGUUCGUUGGAUGAGAAAUGGAAGGCAGCAAACGAGGAGAGCACGAGAACAUCUCUCAAACAUGCCGAGAAGUUAGAAACCCAUUCGAGAACACUCAAUUAUCACAAGGACUCUAUCGACCCUCUGAUCAAGAGGUUUCAAGGUUGCCCAUUUGUGUUUGUUGACGCAACAUACACAGCAAACGCUGCGCAGUUGAGCAAAAACAUGAAAAAGUUAGAGAAAAAAGUCGAAACUAUUCAUUCAAUCUCUCGGUUGACACAAGCGAAUUCUGAUGACGCACAAAAAGUUCUUGGUCACUUGAAAAUACAUCUGAAAAUCUUGAAAGGAGAUGAAAAAGUUGGAAAGAUAGCGGGUGAACUCCUGGGCAAAUCAGAUUUUUAUGAAAAGAUCCUUACCAAUAAGCUAGGUCAGGCUUAUCUAACAUUUUUCAACCAUCUGAAGGACAUCAAAGAAGAUUCAAGUGGUCUCUCCGCUGCUGCUCAAUUGGCCAUUGAUUUUCGAGACCUUCAAACUAUAGCGAGUUUUGAAACUGACAUAGCGACAGCUUCAUCUGCUAUUCCUGGUUCCACUAAUUUGAUAGCAACAAUAAAAUCAAAGAUAGAUAAAGUCAGGAGCUCGGAAACUGGAAAGAAGCUCAUCAAAUUAAAGGAGCUAGCCAAGUACUCGAAACCACUUGGAGAUUCAUCAGAAAGUUUAUCGAGAGUUCAGAAGGCGUUGGAACGAAAGAAGGAAUUGUUGGAUUUUGUUGAAAAUGGAAAUGUAGUUGAGGAGGCAACCUAG